UUGCUAUUGAUGAACUCGGAAUCGGUUUAGAUAUUUCCUUCAAAGUUUCAUCAAAAGACUGCUGAUUUCCUGUGCAAGGGUAACUCUGAAGCUUUAGGAACCUGAAAUAUUCGAGGUAGAAAUCUCAAGUUGAAGAUGGAAAACAUGGAACCUGAAGCCACUAAAGAGCACGAUGUGAUGGCCAAGUCUGAUACAACAUCCGACUCUAAUGAUAUAGAAGAUGCCACACCUGAUCAACCAUCUAACCCUAAUGAUAUAGAAAGUGCCACGCCUGAUAAAACAUCUGACUCUAAUGAUAUAGAUGAUGCUACGCCUGACAAAAUAUCUGACUCUAAUGAUAUAGAUGAUGCCACACUUGAUAAAACAUCCGACCCUAAUGAUAUAGAUGAUGCCACGCCUGAUAAAACAUCUGACUGUAAGGAUAUAGAUGAUGCCAUGCCUGAUCAACCAUCUGACCCUAAUGAUGUAGAUGAAGCCACGCUUGAUAAAACAUCCGACCCUGAUGAUAUAUAUGAAGCCAUGCCUGAUAAAACAUUUGACCCCAAUGAUAUAGAUAAAGCUACGCCUGACAAAAUAUCUGACUCUGAUGAUAUAGAUGAUGCCACGCCUGAUAAAACAUCCGACCUUAAUGAUAUAGAUGAUGCCACACCUGCUAAAACAUCCGACCCUAAUGAUAUAGAUGAUGCCAUGCAUGAUAAAACAUCCGACCCUAAUGAUAUAGAUGAUGCCACGCCUGAUAAAACAUCCGACUCUAAUGAUAUAGAUGAUACCACGCCUGAUAAAACAUUCGACCCUAAUGAUAUAGAUGCUGCCACGCCUGAUAAAACAUUCGACCCUAAUGAUAUAGAUGCUGCCACGCCUUAUAAAACAUCCGACCCUAAUGAUAUAGAUGAAGCCACUCUGAUCAAGAUUAAAUACUACAGCCUCACCAAUGACCACACCUAUGGAAAACUCUACAUUUGUCACACAUGCGGCAUGAGUUUCUCAAAGGCAAACCACCUGAAGUCACAUCAAAAGGGACAUGACCAAUCAAAAGCCUUUGGCUGUUACUCCUGCGGCAAAAUGUUUCAGAAAGCACACAACCUAGCCAACCAUUGUAAGACCCACAAUGAUAACGUUAAGUUCCAGUAUGUGUGUGCAUUUUGUGGCAAGAGGUUUUCAAGCAAAGUGCGGCUUGAGAAGCACCUGAAGUUGAUUCAUCGCAAAAGCCUGCAGCUUAACGCCAAGUACAACCCCAAACCGAAGAAGAAGAGAAGAAAGAGGAGAAAGAAGAAGCUCCCUCGGGUCCAGGAGGAGGCCCAGGAGGAGGUCCGGGAGGAGGUCCAAUCCAAGAAGAAGUCAUUUGUUUGCAAACUUUGCGACGAUGUCUUCAAAUCACAGAGAUCUCUGAGUGCUCACCAUCAGUCAGUCCACAAAAAUCAGAGAACAUUUAUUUGUAGCGUUUGUGACAAAGCUUUCUCCUGCACAAAAACACUAAGAACACAUCAGUUAAUCCACCCGCAGUUUUCGUGCGAUACUUGUAACGAAGCAUUCCUGGAUGCUGACGCACUCGGCGCCCACCAAGCGACAGCGCAUUAUAAAGAGAAGCCGUUUCCGUGCGGUGUUUGCGGCAAGUUGUUCUCGCAGGAGAGCACUCUGAAGACCCAUCACAUGUGGGUCCACAACAACGGCCGACCGGAACAGCCACUGGAGUGCAACAUUUGCGGGAAAUCCUUCGUGCACGGAAGCAAGCUACGAACACACCUCAGGGCUCACAGGGCAGUCAGGAAACUUGUAUGCGAGAUCUGCGGCAAAGCUUUCUGCUAUGAAAGUUCACUGAAUGUGCAUCGCAGGAUCCACACCAAGGAAAAGCCAUUCACUUGCAACAUUUGCGGCAGAGGCUUCACGCAAGCAGGCACUGUGAAGGAACAUAUGCGGACCCACACAAAAGAAAAACCCUUCCUUUGUGACUUUUGCGGCAAAGCCUACACCCAGAGAAACAGUCUGACCGCCCAUAAAAAGAUCCACAAGAAAGAGAAACUCUUGGACACAUUUUUGGGAGAACCAUUUGAAAUGGAAGAAGUCUGACUUACAAUUAGCCUGACCGAAUUUUGAGUCAUGACUUAAUAAUGUAAUCCAUUUGGAGUAAAAUGUUACAUAUGUAAUUACAGUUCUGUUGAUUAUCAAGUAAAAUUGUGGAAAACACAGCAGCUGUGUAGUCUAUGGUCUAUAAUAUUUGAGCAGAUUCGCUGAUUAAUA